GAUUCCGCGCUUUGCGAAAGACAGGCCACAGAAGCUUACUCGAGCACUGCGACGUAGAAGGAAGCAGAGGGAAGGCAGCUAAGCUACGGCGGUAGUGACUGAGCUCGAGUGACCUAGCGGUCUCAAUUUUUGCGAUUGUCAAGCAGCCAUUGAAGUAUCUUAUAGCAGUUUCGGGGGUUCUCGGAGUACGGGUUGUCCUGUUAGGAUAACGACAGUUGUCCUAGGAAGCAGGAGUCGUUUAACACGCAGUUUACGCAGUGGACCAAGCAUUUGAGUGGUCUUGUCCACCCAUUUCAAAGACGCGUCCUCAUUUGCGAUAGCAUCCCGCUUAGCUAAUCAGAGGUCCUGUCCUAAUCUCUGGUUUCCUUUCCAAACGCCUUCAAGAUGUACAUCGAGGAAGUUGCUCUGGAGGGUUUCAAGUCGUACGCGCAGAGGACCGUCGUGCGAGACUUCGACUCGAAAUUCAACGCGAUCACCGGCCUGAACGGAUCAGGGAAGUCCAACAUCCUCGACUCCAUCUGUUUCGUGCUCGGGAUUACCAAUCUACAGCACGUACGCGCUAGUAACCUGCAGGAGCUCAUCUACAAGCAGGGCCAGGCCGGCGUCACGCGCGCGACGGUUUCAAUUGUGUUUAACAACAAUGAUAAGGCCGCGAGUCCGGUUGGAUACGAGGAUCAUGACCGAAUCACCGUCACGCGACAGAUCGUGAUCGGCGGGCGCAACAAGUACCUGAUCAACGGGCACGUGAAGCAGCCGAGCGCCGUGCAGACGCUCUUCCACUCCGUGCAGCUGAACGUGAACAACCCGCACUUCCUCAUCAUGCAGGGCCGCAUCACCAAGGUGCUCAACAUGAAACCCCCCGAGAUCCUCUCCAUGCUGGAGGAGGCCGCCGGGACGCGCAUGUACGAGAACAAGAAGGAGAGCGCUUUAAAGACGCUGGAAAAGAAGCAGACCAAGGUGGAGGAGAUUAAUAAGGUGCUGUCGGAUGAGAUUCUUCCCAGGUUAGAGAGCCUAAGGCGCGAGCGCGCGCAGUACCAGGCGUGGCUGCAGGGGAACUCGGAUAUUGACAGGUUGAGCAGGUUUUGCGUGGCGUAUGAGUAUUUUCAGGCGGAAAAGGCGAAGAAUUCUGCGGUGGAGGUGGUGGAGAAGAUCAAGGAGAAUAUUGCGGAGCUGGCGAGGCUGGAGGAGGAGUGUCACGAGGCGAUUGUAUCGAAGAAGGGGAUUAUAAAGGAGAUGCUGCUGGAGAAGGAUCGGCAGAUGGGGGAUGCGAUGAAGGAGGUUCAGGAGCGCGCGGAUAAAAUCGCAAAGGAGCUCGUUAAAUUCACGUCCGUUUGGAACAACAAGAGCGAGUCACUUGAAGCCGAGAAGAAGGCGCUCGAGCAGCUGGUCAAAGCUCUGGCUGACAUGCGGAAAGGGUCCGAGGAACGAGCGGCUCAGAUGCAAUCCGCCGACGACGCCCUGGCAGUCGUCCAAUCCGAAGCCGAAACCAAGACCAAGGCGCUCACAGACGCGGAGGAGGAAUACGCCGCCGUGCAGGCAGGCAAGUCCGGGCACCCGGGGGAGGACAAGACCAUGGCGCAGAAGUUGUCGGAGCUGAAGGCGGCGGCUGUGGAAGCGGCGACGGAGGGCAAGCAGGCGGCUCUGCGCGUGACGCAUUUGCGGAAGGAGGUGGGGGAGAAGGGGCGGCUGGUGGCGGGCAAGCGCAAGGCGGCGAGCGGGCUGGAGCAGAGGGUGAAGGGCAUGGAGUCGGAGGUCGCGACGUGCGAGGCGGGGCUGCAGAGGCUCGGGCAUGACGACCAGCACUACUCUGGUCUUGAGAAGUCCAAGGCGGAGAAGGAGGCAGCGGUGACACAGCUGCGUCAGCGGGUGGACGCGGCUGCGCGCGAGCUGAACAUCGGGUUCUCCUACAGCGACCCUGAGAGGGGCUUCGACCGCUCCAAGGUCAAGGGCGUGCUGGCGCGGCUCUUCCGCAUGCGAGAUGCCUCCAUGGCCACUGCGCUCGAGGUGGUGGCGGGCGGCAGGUUGCACAACGUGGUGGUGGACUCGGAGCACACGGGCAAGCAGCUGCUGAGCCACGGCAGGUUGCAACGCCGCGUGACGCUCAUCCCGCUCAACAAGAUCGACAGCCGCUGCAUCUCCCAGGCCAAGCUCAACCGCGCCGUCCAGCUGGUUGGCAGGGAAAACGUGUGGACUGCUCUCUCUGCUGUGGACUUCGAUCCUGAGCUCCAGCCUGCCAUGGCCUUCGCGUUUGGCAACAGCUUCAUCUGCCGCGAUUCCGCCACUGCCAAGAAGGUGGCGUUUCAUCCCGACAUCAUGACCCCGUGUGUGACCCUGGAGGGUGAUAGCUACAACCCAGGCGGGCUGCUCACUGGAGGUUCCAGGAGGGGCGGCGGAGUGCUGCUCUCUCGCCUGCAUGCUGUGAAGGAGGACGAGAGCCAGCUGGCAGCCCUGGAGCGACAGCUGCACCAAGUGCUGGCUGAGCUGCAAGCCCUGCAGCAGCAUCGCCAGCAGUACAUGGAGCUCUCCCAGCAGCUGCAGCUGAAGGCGCACCAGCUGUCGCUCGCCAAGGAGCAGAUGAAGCAGAGCGAGCACCACCAGCUUGCAGAGGAGCUGGCAGCGCUUGAGGCUGAGCUGGCGCAGUGCGAAGCCACAUCAGCAGAGGCAGAAGGGAAGGAGAAGGGGUUGCUGGACGAGGCGCAGGCGCUGGAGAGGGAGAUGGAGCAGCAGGGGCGGGAGAGAGGGCAGCGGCUGAAAGCCCUGGAGGCCAAAGUGAAGGCGGCAAAGCAACAGGCGGCUGCUGCGAGCAAAGCCCUCAAGGCGAAGCAGAACGAGAGGGAGCAGCUGGCAAUAGCAGUGGAGGCCUCGAGGGGCGAGGAGGCAGCAGCGCAGGAGCAGAUCGCCGCAGCAGAGGCAGAGGUUGGGAGACUGGCUGAAGAGGUGGAAGAAGCUGCGAGGAAGGUGGCGGGCGUGAAGGAGGAGCUGGAUGCGGCGCAGGGCGAGGUGGAGAGGCGGCAGGGCGAGCUAAGGGCGUGCGAUGAACGCAUGGGUGCUGUUGAGAGGGAAGUGGGCGAGAUGGAGGAGAGGAAGAUGAAUGCCGGCAUGGAGAAGAAGAAGCUGGAGCACCAGGUGAAGACCCGGGAGGCGGAGCAGCAGAGGGGCUUUAAGGACGUGGAGCGCAUGCUGAAGCAGCACGCUUGGAUCGCCACUGAGAAGGCGCACUUUGGCAAGGCGGGUACUGACUACGACUUCCCGUCACGGGACCCCAUGGCUGCCAGACAGCUGCUGGCAGAGAAGCAGUCGGAGCAGAGCAGUGUGGAGAAGCGCAUCAACAAGAAGGUGAUAGCCAUGUUCGACAAGACAGAGCAAGAGUACAAGGACCUGCAGGCCAAGAAGGACAUCGUUCUGAGGGACAAGGCGAAGAUAGAGGAGGCGAUAGAGCAGCUGGACGAGAAGAAGAAGAAGCAGCUCAAGGUCACGUGGGAGAAAGUCACCAAGGAUUUCGGUUCCAUAUUCGCUACGCUCCUCCCGGGCACCACAGCCAAGCUCGACCCCCCAGAGGGCCAGGACUUCCUAGCAGGGCUGGAGGUGAAGGUGGCGUUUGGGGGCGUGUGGAAGCACUCGCUCUCUGAGCUGUCUGGCGGGCAGCGGUCACUGCUGGCCCUCUCACUCAUCCUCGCCCUGCUGCUCUUCAAACCGGCGCCAUUGUACAUUCUGGACGAGGUUGACGCAGCGUUGGAUCUGAACCACACGCAAAACAUUGGCCAGAUGAUCAAGCAACAUUUCCCGCAUUCGCAGUUCAUAGUGGUAUCUCUGAAAGAGGGCAUGUUCAACAACGCAAAUGUCAUUUUCCGCACCAAGUUCAUCGACGGGGUCUCCACUGUCACGCGCACCGUGCCCAACCAGUCUGCCUCUGCUGCUGGCCUGGGGAGAGCGCCUCCCAGUGCGGCCAAUGCGUCCAGGCAGAGGGGGCCCCCUGCCAGUACAGCUCGAAAGAACACACAAGGAGGGUCAACGAGGAUAAGGCAAGAGGAUGCUGAGAACGUCGAACCAAGUGAAGUCUUCUGAAAUCUCUGCCCAAGCACGGGAAUGGCGAUAGAGGUGUAUAUGUGGUGGUGCUUGCGGUGUAUCGGCAACUGUAGAUUGGCUGGAGCACCUGAUUGAUAGUUGAGUCUACCUUAGCGUAGCUGUUGCCAUCUCGGCAUCAUUUUUUAGCCCCUCGUAAUCACUAAUAUGGUUUCACAUUCACUGAUCCUUCUGAGCCGGGGCUCACGAAGCUGCAUUGUUGGUCCUUGAAAUACGUGGCUUCGCAAGGGGCAGGCACUCGAGAGAACGCAAGGGGGCUUUGGGUGGAAGAAAUGUUGAGAGGAGUGUUGGGAAGUGAUAGGUUCUUGCAGAAAUCUGCUGUUGGGAGGGGGUACUUAUUA